CUCCAGCGAUCUGUUUCCUAAUUUUCUUUUAUUUUCUGGGCAUAUGUAUGUAGGAAUCGAUACGAAGGUCAGAAUUUGUUUUUUAUUUUAUUUUUCCGAUUUCAAAAGAUCAGCGAGGAAGAAGACGGAAUCAUGUUUUUGUUCGAUUGGUUCUACGGAAUCUUAGCCUCGUUAGGGUUAUGGCAAAAAGAGGCGAAGAUCUUGUUUCUCGGACUCGACAAUGCUGGAAAAACCACGCUACUUCACAUGCUCAAAGAUGAGAGAUUAGUUCAGCACCAGCCGACACAACAUCCAACCUCUGAGGAACUUAGCAUUGGCAAAAUCAAGUUCAAGGCCUUUGAUUUGGGAGGCCAUCAGAUUGCAAGAAGAGUUUGGAAAGAUUACUACGCCAAGGUUGAUGCUGUUGUCUACCUCGUGGAUGCUUAUGACAAGGAGAGAUUUGCAGAGUCAAAAAGAGAGCUAGACGCUCUUCUGUCGGAUGAAGCCCUUGCAACUGUCCCGUUUCUGAUUCUUGGGAACAAGAUUGAUAUUCCUUAUGCAGCCUCAGAAGAUGAGCUUAGGUAUCACUUGGGUCUCACCAACUUCACCACCGGUAAAGGAAAAGUAACGCUUGGGGACUCAGCUGUCCGGCCACUCGAGGUCUUCAUGUGCAGCAUCGUCCGCAAAAUGGGAUACGGCGAGGGUUUCAAAUGGCUAUCUCAGUACAUCAACUAAAGACAUCAUCAUCAAUAUGUCACUUUCAUAUAUCAAACCAAACCCAAGAAGAUUUCCGUACAAUUUGUCUUUUUUUAGCUAAAAGAUUGGUGAAUGAUGAUAUCACAUCCUUCUCAGAGAAGACAUGAACACUCUUUUUACUUUUUGGUUUUGUAGUUUUCUCUUUUAAUUUAAUACAAGUUUGGUGACUUGCAUUUCCAAACUUGUUCAUGUCUCGGUCCACAUUUUUGUCAACAGCUUUGAUGUUAUAUUGAAACAUUAUUCCCAAGUUAGACCACCAA